AUGCGCUGCACUUCAGCCUUAUCCUUGGCUAUCAGCCUUUCGACAUGUGUCACCGCGGCUCCCGAGAGUCCCUUCAUUGGCACCCUGCUUGAUCCACUACAGCAUGUCAUCCAGUCCGCAUAUGCUGGCGAUGGACUCAAGGUUGGAAAGCUCGGUGAAUUGGGAGGCAUCCCAGGUGUCGACGCUACCUAUGACUACGUUGUAGUAGGAGGAGGCACUGCAGGAAACACCAUCGGUUAUCGAUUGGCUAAAGCUGGGUUCAGCGUCGCUAUUGUCGAAGCUGGAGGUUUUCUCGAGAUUGCCAAGCCAAUCCUUGCUACAGCACCUGGUGGAGUGACAGCCGGUAGUGGUUCCAGUCUUCUGGACUCUAACCCUUUGAGGGAUUGGAGAUUUACUACUACACCACAGACAUCUGCCGAUGACCGUGAGAUUCACUAUGCUCGCGGAAAGGUUCUAGGUGGCUCAUCUCAGCUCAACUUUCUGGUCUACCACCGACCUACCAACGGCACUAUGGCUAAGUGGGCUGAGGAGGUCGGCGACGACAGCUACCAAUGGGAUCAAAUGCUGCCUCAUUUUCAGAAGACCGCCACAUUCACACCUCCCGAUAACACCAAGCGUGGCGCAUCUAUUGAAACCGACUACGACGCAUCCGCUUUCUCAUCCGAGGGAGGCCCUGUCCAAAUCAGCUACGCCAACUAUGUUCCUUCCUGGGCUGCCCUUGUAGCAAAGGGUCUCAACUCUCUCGGACUCAAGAGCAUUGACGGCUUCAGCAGUGGAAGCCUGCUCGGAUACUCAUACACCACCACCGCCGUCCGACCCAAGACCGUUACUCGAAGUGCAUCUGAUGACUUUGUCAAGGCUGCUCGAGAUGAGAAGCUCAAGACCCUCAAGGUCUACACUCAAAGUCUGGCCAAGAAGGUGCUGUUUGACGACAAGAAGAAGGCGACUGGUGUCGAGGUCUCUUCCAUCGGUAUGGACUACACUCUCAAGGCUCGCAAGGAGGUCAUUGUCAGCGGUGGAACUUUCCAGUCUCCUCAAAUCUUGAUGGUAUCUGGUGUCGGUCCCAAGGAGCAUUUGGAAGCAUUCGACAUUCCUGUUGUCGCAGACCUUCCUGGUGUUGGACAGAACCUGUGGGACCACAUUCUCUUUGGACCUUCUUUCGAGGUGCAGGGUCUCGAGGACACUCUUAGCGUGGCUAUCAACGAUCCUGCUGUCUUCCAAGGUGCUCUCGAUGCCUACAUCCAGCAGCAAGCUGGCCCAUUGACAUCCAACCAAGUCGAGCUUCUUGGAUGGGAAAAGGUUCCUGAGAAGUACAGAUCCAAGUUCUCCAACUCAACUCUCAAGGAUCUUAAGGCUUUCCCUGAAGACUGGCCUGAGGUGGAGUUCAUCCCUCUUAACGUCUACUCCGAAGAUUGGUCAUUCCCCAUUCUUCAGCAACCCACCGACGGCAAGAAGUAUACCAGCAUCAACGGUGCUCUCGUCGCUCCCCUUUCUCGAGGCAACAUCACUCUCCAGUCCAACUCUACUUCCGACGCGCCUCUCAUCAACCCCAACUUCCUCGCUGACAAGGGUGACCAAGAGGUCGCCAUCGCUCUGUUCCGUCGUCUUCGCGAGGUCGCCAAGUCGGGUCCCUUGAAGGAUACCGUUCUCAAGGAAGUCUACCCUGGUGAGGAGCACGAGUCCGAUGAGCAGAUUCUUGCUGUUCUUCGUGAUACUCUCAUGACUGUCUGGCACGCUGCUUGUACUUGCAAGAUGGGCAAGAAGGAGGACAAGAUGGCUGUCCUUGACUCCAAGGCUAGAGUGUAUGGUGUCCAGGGUCUUCGUGUUGUCGAUGCUUCUUCCUUCCCCGUGCUUAUCCCUGGUCAUCCCAUGGGUACUGUCUAUGGGUUGGCUGAGAAGAUUGCGCAUGAGAUUAUCAAGGGCCAGGAGAGCGAGGGUGCUGGGUAUGAGGUUGAUAUUGAGGUCUAA